UGUCGAAGGACUCACUUACUCACUGACGGGCUCAGCUCCCACACUCGCACUCGGAUACGCGUGGAGAUUUCAGCGCUGUCUGUCUUCGCCCUUCCUUGGAGAGACGAUCGAUCGAUCGAUCGAUAGAGGCGCAGGGGCAGUAUGAAUAUGCAUGCCGUGCUUGAGGUGGUGGCGUUUUUUGUCCGCGUGAUGCGCUCCGUGCUUAAUCUGGAUCUCAAUCUCAAUCUUCUGCGUUGCGCAAGCGCCACGGCUCUGCUGCCGGCAGCGUACGCCUCGACUCUCUCGGUCCCGAUCUUGCAUUUGUAAGGAGGCUGCUGCCCUCGGCCUACUAACAUCACCAUCACCAUCACCGCCGCAACGAGUGCGACAUCAUGAAGCUCGGCUUGCAGAUACUGUAAUAUCGGACGAGCAGAAUUGCGGAAAGUUCCGAUCAUUCAAUCUCGAACGCCUGGAGCUUUUCCUCGUGCGGAGACUUCGAUGUCGAUUCUUCGCAGUUCCCAUCACUUGCCAGGGUCUGUACAUACGUCAUAGAACUUCUCGUGUCGCAGUUAGUCAGUCAGUGGCUCGGCAUCUUCUCUUGACAAUAGUCAGACAUUAAGAGCACUAGAACUGUAAGCAGCGGCAAGCUGCUGACAGUCAGUCAGUCAAUAAGUUGAGACGGGCCCAAACCUGUAGCAUCUUUUGCUCAAUCACAGUUCGUUUCACCGUGAAUAAAUAUGUCACUCAUCUGCGCCUCGGCCUUCCGGGUACCACGCUGCGUGCGAGUGCAUAAAUACCUUCCAAUAAUUUGGUGCAAGUCUGCAACAUACAUUCCUUCGUGAGGAGAUCAUCCAGAAGAAAACUACGGAAUUCGAUUUUUAUUAUUAUUCAUUCAAUUUCAACGAGCACUGAUGGGAGUGAAUUCUCCGAAGGGAAUGAAUUCCCGUGACUUCAGUGGCAUCGAUGCUUCCCGCUGCACGCAUGGGUUAUCGAAAGUCCACUGUCGCAGACCGAAUUGGAUCCGAUCGUUCGGAUCCAAUUCGUGUCAACGGAGCGGAUAAAGAUUGGACAUUGCGCUUUCUGCAGAAACCAGUAGGUGCGCCGAAGAAUUUCUCGACCGCGAGCAAGGCGAGGCGAGGCGGGCUCGACAUCGCCGAGCAACGCGUGGUGCGAUUUGCUCUGCGGCCCCCCGGAGUCGAGAGUCGGUGACGACCCGAGGGUCCGACGGCUGAGACGACGGACCGCCGGUCGCGGAACGUACGGCGGAGAGAGACUGCACGCCGCAGUUAUGGAUGGCACAGAUUUCUCACGAGGGCCCCCGGUGUCCCUGGUCGCCGCCUGGCCACCACAAUUCGUCCACCGGCCCCAGCCGGCGAACGCCAUCCACGGAAGACCGAAGGCCGACUCCGAGUGGAUGUGGAGCCGCAAAGUGACGUGGACGGGACUUCGGCGUCCACCGGGAGAGCAAGGUGACCUCGUCGUGCGUCGCCAAUUUUCCCACUUUAGAUGUUGAAAUGAGAGCAAGGAUACCAGGAAUAGAGCAAAGUGUUUGGAUCGUUUGGAACCGGACAAAGUGGAGUAUCGAAAAGUACAGGGAUACCCCUUCGUCUCUCACGUGGAUGAAAGAAAUCACAUGGGAUGAACCCAUGAACUAAAGAAGAAAGUGAAAUAUGAUAUAUCAUAUUUCAAUAUUUUUUAUUAUUUGUG